UCAAAUAAAAAUUGUCUCUUUCCUUUUACUUUUCCGAAAAUGAAUGUGUCCAAUUGAGACCCAUUCCAAAACGACAGUCACUCCAACACCCGGUCGUCGUUUUCUCCUCCGUUUCCAUGCUUCCUUCACUUCUAGUCUUCCGAUUUUGACUUCAAACUUUCGCAUCUUCAUCGAAUCGAAUUGAGCGUGUGUAGUUCGUUGCUUGGAGCUGGUGAAGAAGAAAAUGGAGCAAUCAGUCGUUGAUGACAUAAUCAGUCGACUGUUAGAAGUUCGAAACCGUCCGGGGAAGCAAGUUCAACUAUCGGAGGCCGAGAUCCGUCAACUCUGCGUGGUUUCUAGAGACAUUUUCAUUCAACAGCCUUAUUUAUUAGAACUCCAAGCACCUAUCAAAAUUUGUGGUGACGUACAUGGUCAAUAUUCUGAUCUCUUAAGGCUUUUUGAGUAUGGUGGAUUGCCUCCCGAAGCUAACUACUUGUUUUUGGGGGAUUAUGUGGAUCGGGGAAAGCAGAGUUUAGAAACAAUUUGCCUUCUGCUUGCUUAUAAGAUUAAAUAUCCUGAAAACUUUUUCCUAUUGAGAGGAAAUCAUGAAUGUGCUUCUAUAAACCGGAUUUAUGGAUUUUAUGAUGAGUGCAAGAGAAGGUUUAAUGUAAGAUUAUGGAAGACAUUUACAGACUGCUUCAAUUGCCUUCCUGUGGCAGCUCUUGUUGACGAAAAGAUUUUGUGUAUGCAUGGGGGGAUUUCCCCUGACUUGCAUAGUUUGGAUCAGAUUAGAAAUCUACAACGGCCCACUGAUGUUCCUGAUACAGGUUUGCUUUGUGAUCUUCUUUGGUCUGACCCAAGCAAAGAUGUUCAAGGAUGGGGAAUGAAUGACAGGGGAGUUUCAUAUACAUUUGGUGCUGAUAAGAUCUCUGAGUUUCUUCAGAAACAGGAUCUUGACCUAAUUUGCCGUGCUCACCAGGUCGUGGAGGAUGGAUAUGAGUUCUUUGCUAAUAGACAACUUGUAACAAUAUUUUCAGCCCCUAAUUAUUAUGGAGAGUUUGACAAUGCCGGUGCUAUGAUGAGUGUUGAUGAGAAUCUAAUGUGCUCGUUCCAAAUAUUAAAGCCAGCUGAUAAAAAAACAAAGAUUAAUUUUGGAAGUGCAACCACUGCUAAGCCUGGAAAUUCUCCAGCAGGUGUGAAGUCUUUCCUUGGUGCAAAAGUAUGAUAUUAAACUGUGCUAUAAAGAUUGCUGUAACUACUGGUCAGCUUGGUCCUAGCUCCUAAUGGUUGCAAGAAAAAUCGAGAUCCAUUUUGUCCACUACGAUAUUUGGAAUUGUAAAAUCAAAGGGAAAACACCAUCAUGAACUAUGUAAACCGUUGUUUUUUGGGUACAAAUUCACAUUUUGAGAUGGAGAGUCAUGUAGUCUCUGUCUUCAGUUGUACACAAAGAGUUGAUAUAUUGUAUGAAUUGUAAGCUUCCCAAGCAUAGAUGAAUAUGCGUCUGAGAACCGUUUAAAA